AUUCUACUUGUUUUUGGAAAAUGAGACGAACUCUAUUGAUCGUUUCUGGAUUUGGAAACUUUUUGUUGUUUCUUCGAUUUCGUUUUUGUUGAUCUGAGUUGAUGGUGGAAGCUACGUCAAAUUUGACGCCGUCGCAGAGAUACGCGGCAAGCGCUUUGUUUGCAAUCGCGCUUAACCAAGCGCAGAUCAGCCAGUCAAAGCCAUUGGGAAUCCCGGCCACCGGAAGUACCGGAGAGCCAAUCAGCAGCGACAGUGAUCCUAUCUCCGAUGAGGCGGAUCUCUGGGUCCACGAAGUUUCCGGCCUCCUCCGUCCUGUUCUCAGAUGUCUUCAGAUUGAUUCAUCAGCUUGGCAUGGCCUUGAAGAGAUAGCUGCUUCUACUCAGGCUAAGGAUCACAUCGGUGCGUUUAUCAAGUUACUCUCAGAGGAUGUGAGUGAUGAUGAUGAUGAUUCUAGUGAAAUGGUGGAGAAAGAGACCGCCUUAGCUAAAGCUGCUGAUGCUAUGGAUCAAAACAUUCGAAGCAGCUCUCUAUCUGUGGAAUCUAAGAUGGAGAAACAUGUGGAAUUCGAAAACGAAUGCCGCGACAAGUAUUCUGUUCCCGAGGCACAGUCUGGUGCUGAGGUUAAGGAAACGGAGAGCCACGGGGAGGGUGAAAUUAGAGAUGGAGGCCACAAUCUUGGGAUUGUUGAACAUGAGAAACCUGUUGGGGAAGUAGCAUUGCUUAGCCAUGAGAGAAAGAUAAAUGUUCUUUACGAGCUACUAUCUGCUUGCUUGGCAGAUAAACAUGAGGAGAAUGAGAUAUGUACACGGCGUAGGAAAGGCUAUGAUGCGCGUCACCAUGUUGCUCUGCGGUUACUUGCUACUUGGUUUGACUUUCAGUGGAUUAAAAUGGAAGCAGUUGAGACAAUGUCUGCAUGCUCUGCCAUGGCAUUGCAAAAGUCAAGUGGAAAUAAGGAAGAAGAGUCUUUGUCACCAAAUAGUGAAUGGGCUAAGUGGAAACGUGGAGGCAUAGUUGGAGCGGCUGCUUUAACAGGGGGUACAUUGAUGGCCAUCACUGGUGGAUUGGCUGCUCCAGCAAUAGCUGCAGGGUUCGGUGCAUUGGCUCCAACUCUAGGCACAAUAGUUCCGGUAAUUGGAGCCAGUGGGUUUGCUGCAGCUGCUGAGGCUGCCGGAACUGUUGCUGGUUCUGUUGCUGUUGCAGCAUCUUUUGGAGCUGCUGGAGCUGGGCUCACUGGGACGAAGAUGGCUAGGAGAACUGGUGACAUUGAAGAGUUUGAAUUCAAAGCUAUUGGAGAAAAUCAUAAUCAAGGACGAUUAGCGGUGGAGAUCUUAGUUGCUGGCUUUGUUUUAAAGGAAGAAGACUUUGUAAAACCCUGGGAAGGGUUAACUAGCAACCUAGAAAGGUACACGGUGCAAUGGGAAUCCGAGAAUAUUAUUGCAGUGAGCACUGCAAUUCAGGAUUGGCUUACUUCAAGAGUUGCUAUGGAGUUGAUGAGACAAGGUGCAAUGCGCACCGUACUAAACUCGCUUUUAGCAGCAAUGGUUUGGCCGGCAACAAUCCUUGUAGCUGCUGAUUUUAUAGAUAGUAGAUGGAGUAUUGCUAUUGACAGGUCAGACAAAGCAGGGAAGCUUCUUGCUGAAGCGCUUCGAAAAGGGUUGCAAGGAAAUAGACCUGUGACUCUGGUUGGUUUUUCGCUUGGUGCACGUGUUGUCUUUAAGUGCCUCCAGACUCUGGCAGAGACUGAAAAGAAUGCUGAAAUUGUGGAAAGAGUUGUUCUUCUUGGAGCACCAAUUUCAAUCAAGAAUGAGAAUUGGCGAGACGUAAGAAAGAUGGUGGCUGGAAGAUUCAUUAAUGUUUACGCCACAAAUGACUGGACCCUCGGAGUUGCAUUUCGUGCAAGUCUGUUGUCCCAAGGAUUAGCUGGAAUCCAACCGGUCUGUAUACCGGGGAUUGAAGAUGUAGAUGUAACGGAUAUGGUGGAAGGUCACUCAUCUUACCUAUGGAAAACUCAACAAAUCCUGGAAAGACUCGAACUCGACAAUUCUUACCCUGUUUUUCGAAACACUCUCUAACUAAACCCAACAUUUAUUACUAGGACCAUAUCCCAUUUUCACCCAGUUUCAUAGACUAGAUUAACCCUCAUGACUGCUGAAUCAGGUAAAACGAAACAUCAUUGCCCUUCUUCUCUCAUUUUCUCCUCAUGUGCGUAUAUAUUAUACACUUCCACAUUCCCACAAUUGUUUACAUGAAAACUUCCCUCAUUUUGAAACCCUACAUGUUCUAAUUUUUUACCCGAAAAAACCAUCGGAGAAACUAUGUUGACCAAAAACAAACAAACAUACUAUACAUGUUGACAUAAUAAACGAGCUUUUAGUCCCUUGUUGUCUUAUUGAACUUUCAACAUAUUUUUGUAGUUAGUUUUACGUCGUCGCCUUUAUACUUUGGCUUUUUCCUAGUUUUCUCUCUGUACGGCGAUAGUAGAUGAUGAUGUACAUGUUGAUAACAUUGGCCCUAUCUAUCAAUUUUUAUAUCACCC